AUGGCUGUUGGGUGCUUCUCCAUUGAUGACGUAGAUUCUGUGCGUAAGGGCCGUCAGUCGGAGGGUCUUCAGAAGCACACAGAGGCCCACGUUGAGGACCGCUGUUUCUCCAUCUUCUUUAAGGGCCGCAGGAGGAACCUGGAUCUGGUGGCGACCUCGGCAGAGGAGGCUAGGCAGUGGGUCAGUGGUCUGGAGAAGAUCAUCUCUAACAUGAAGAAACUCAACAGCCAGCAGACGAGCGAGCACUGGAUCUUCAACUGUAUGAGGAAGGCAGACAAGAACAAGGACAACAAGAUGACCCUGAAGGAGCUGAAGCACUUCCUCCGCCAGAUCAACAUCGAGGUGGACGACAUGUACGCUGAAGUGCUGUUUGCAAAAUGUGACAAGUCUAACUCGGGCUCCCUGGAAGGCCCUGAGAUCAAACACUUCUAUGACCUGCUGAUAUACCGCGAGGAGAUCGAUGUGAUCUAUGGAAAGUACGCCACUACGGGGGAGAAGAUGAGUGUCAAAGACCUGCUCAACUUCCUGCUGAACGAGCAGCGUGAGGUGGCCACAAUGGAGGACGCUGUAAGACUCAUAGAGAGAUACGAGCUGGACGAUUCAGCAAAGCAGAAGAAUCACAUGACCAAAGAUGGCUUCCUGAUGUACCUGCACCAGGAGGAGGGGUCUAUCUUCAACCCCGCCCACAAGGAGGUGUUCCAGGAUAUGAGCCAGCCAAUCAACCACUACUUCAUCAGCUCCUCCCACAACACCUACCUGAUGGAAGACCAACUCAAAGGCCACAGCAGCACAGAGGCCUAUAUCAAGUAACCAUGACAACCUCUAAUUUAAACUAACCAU